AGACACCCUGGAGAGGAUCUCUCCUUUCUCCAGCCAGCACUCCUUGCUGUCAGUCUUCCAGCUGUGUUUGCCUUGCUGCCCAAAACCAGGCCCUGAGCUCAGCAGGGGGCCAGGGGCAGAGUUUGGUAGAUGGAUGGCGUCUGAAGCCAUCAUAGAGACAAGGUUUUGUGAAAGGAAGGACUGCUGAAAUAUACAUUUACCCCUGGAACCUCCACUGAACAUAUACUCCAUCAGAUAAAACCAUGAGUGAGAACGUUUGUGAUGACGUGUACAACAAUGUCAGCUCGGUUGCCAUGGAUCUCUCUAAUUUAGUGACUUGGGCACAUACUCAUGGCACUAUCUGCAGCCAGAUCCCAGGCUUGGAGAUUAUACAGAAUAUGGGACAUCCCACCAGGGACAACUCUGUUUUGUGGAUAUGUGAGUCUGGGCAUGCAUAUCACUGGCCGUGUGGGGCGUUAUAUUUCAGAAGCCAGGAGGAAAGGGAGGAAGCUGUAGAACAAAGAAAGAGGUCCAGAAGCUAUGACUCCUGGUCAAUGGAACAUAAUGUAAGUGAAAAGAGAUACAGGGUAGUCUCCCCUUUUGAACAAAAGAAAGCUGAUUCUAUUAACAUGGGCUCGAGUAGCAGAUCCCCCGAAGUAAUGCAGAGGAAAGAGGAUGCAUUCUGUGUAAUGUCUGAUACAACAGUGCCAAAAGCAAAGCAAAGUGAAGCACUUCCUCAGAAAGACAACUUCUCUACGAGGCCAUGCUUUGCAGCAGAGCUGAGUCUCCCAUCAAAUGAGUGUCAUGUCAAAACCGACCCAGAUAAUGAUGAGCCAGAAAGCAGAGAGGACCGGCAAGAGAUCUCAGAUGAAGAAGAAUUUGAAGCUGGAGACCCAAUAUACAGAAGUAAUUGUGAUUCUGAAAGAGUAGUCCAAAAUAAAGAAACGUCUGCUGAGGAAGAACUGCAAAUUCAUGGAGAUGGUAAGGUCAGUAGCAAGGAAGCAACCAUCCAGACGACAGUUUCUGUUUUUAAAGAAAAGGCUGCAGUAAUUCCAUGUUUACAAGGGGAGACUUUAGAGGACAGCGCUUAUAGGAUUCUGGAACACAACUGCUUGAAGUUAACUGCUCUUCAUCCCACAAAGGCCAAGAGCAAAACCUCUAAAGCAAGAGAUUCCUAUGAAUCAACAGUGUCCAAAGAAAAGUUAAAGCCAUUUCCUGUCUCCAGUGUGGAAACAAAGGCCCAGUUUGAGCCAUCCACAUUCAUGGUUUUCUAUGACACUGCACCCACUGGAGCUGUUCAUCAACAGCUCCAGCUGUGCCCAUCAACAUGUGCCACAUCAGGAACCGGAGUAGCUGGGAACUAUGCUGAAAUACCUCCUGAGAAGAGCAAACAGCCGGGACCACUGAAUGCUGCAAAUUCUUCAGCCCUGCCUACUCUGGAGAAUGAAAACUCAGAGGACAAUCUGCCUGUAUCUUCAAACAAAAAGACAUUGAAGAAGUCGGAGAGUAAGAGAAUUCGUAAUAUUGGUGAUAUAAAAAUGUUCAGAGACUGGUUGGCUUCUCAUUAUCCUUCUGAAACGCGUGAGAUCUUCACACUGCCUCCUGCAGACCUUGAUAAUUACCUAGCCUCCUUCUACACUAGAGUCAGGAAGCAGAAUGGUACAGAGUUUUCCGCCAACUCUUUAUUCUUCUUUCAGAGCAGUAUAGACAGAUACCUCAAGGAGCACAAGUACGAGUAUAGUGUGAGUAAAGGGCCUGAGUUCACAGCAUCUCAGGAAGCAUUAAAGGCAAAGUGCCAGCAUCUAGCACGGAAGGAGAGGGAGAGAGAUUGGAAUAUUUUGGAAAACCUGACAGAUAGAGAUGUAGAGAAUCUUCGUAAAAAGGGCAUACUGAGUCGAAUGCAUCCCGAAGGAUUUCUACACCUAAUGCUCGUGAACAUCAUCCGAGGUUUUGGGGCAAACACGCACAGUCAGACUCCAAACCUGUGGUGGGGGCAAAUUGUGUUAAAAAAGAAUGUGCAAGGAUUAGAGUACUUGGAGUGGAAAGAUGAUCUGAACACACAGGCAAGCACAGAGGAGUCAGUUCUAUAUAUUUAUGCUAAGCCUGAUAAUCCAGGCAACUGUCCAGUCAGAGAUUAUAAGGAGUAUGCUAAGAGACGGCCACUGGAUAUGCAUCAUGACCGUGAUCCAUUUUACUUGUCUCCUAAACCUUUGUGCUGCAUAUGGGACCAAAUAUGGUACUGUAGAAAAGCACUGACAAAAACCAAAAUGGAGAAAAUGAUGAAAGUCAUUGUCCAGCAGGUCAAAGGAUCUGAAAAAAGGUCCAUGAAAUAAGAGUUAUCAGUUUGAUCUCUGCUGUGUCUGUUUUGAUAGAAGUAUGUUUUCAGUCAGUUUGGGAGUUGUUUAAAAUGGCUGCAGUUAAUAUGGGCUGAGGGAGAACACCUCUCCUCAGCAGAUUACCCCAAAAGCUUAAAAAGCUGUGUUGUUAAAUUGACCACCACCUUCCCAUCAUUAGAAAAACCAAGGGUAGAAUUCGUUCUUACAUUCUAUUUACUGAAUAAAAUCUUAAAUCCUGGAUUUAAACCAUUAUCAAUGUUCUACUGAAUUAGCUCAGUAAUGUUAGUGUAGAAAGGACUUGUGUUUUAAUACCCUGGCUAAGUACCUGUAUGUUCAUGAGGGGAGGGGAGGAAUUGAUCCUGUUGUAAACCAAACUUGUCUAAUGUGGAAUUUAGCUGUCUCUUUUUACAAUAAAAAUAUAAACAGGUGGAGCUGGCUUUGGGAAGGAAGAAUGAUGAAAGAUUACCAGUAGUUGCCAGCUACUAAUCUAUAGCUAAUCAGAAUGGUUUAAUGUGUUUAGAUCAAUUCUUAUUUUUCUAAAUGAGGAAGGAAUUCUUUCAUUUAAGAAGUUCGGGUUGAGUUUUAGUAAAUUACCAACCCCCCAAAUGCAGUCAAUAACAUGGAAAAGUUUUAUGCAAUAACCUUAGUCUGUAGAGGGCUAGAGUCAGUAGUCAAAUUCUGUAAUUCAGUUCAAAUGUUCAAAUGUUAUUUAACAGAUGUAUUUUCCUAAUGUUCAGUUAUAACUGUUGGCAUGUCAUAAUAAACAAAAUUUUACUUCA